AUGUCUGGAAGAGGUAAAGCGAGGAAAGCCGCUGGUGGGAAGAAGCAUACAAAGUCUAACAGAGCUGGUCUAGUGAUUUCAGUUAGUAGAGUCCAUCGGUAUAUGAAGAAAGGCCGUUAUGCUCGAAGGACAUCUAUUGCUGCGUCAGUAUAUAUGUCGGCCGUGAUAGAAUAUUUGGUAGCGGAAGUAAAUGAGCUAUCUGGCAAUGCUGCGAAAGCAAACAAAAGGAAGACCAUUACUCCAAGACAUAUCAUGUUGGGUGUCCGAAAUGAUGCUGAAUUGAAUGAACUAUUGAAGCAUGUCCACAUUAGCCAUGGUGGUGUUUUGCCUUGCAUUCAUCCAGCAUUAUUAAAAAGAAAGGGUGUGCUUACAAAUUCUCCUGGUCAAAGUGGAGCUGCCGUCUCCGGGGCUAAUUUGUCAUCUCGUCAAGCCUCGUCUGGUAUUACCUCAAGUGCUAUGGUGACUUCAUAA